AUGUUAAUUAACAAAUUAAUCAUUUGAUGUAAAUUAAGUUAUUGUGCCAUUAUUGAUUAGUGAUGUCAAAAUUCAAUCCAUAUGAACACCUUAAGGUCUCUCUGAAUGAAGAUGGCACGCUAUGUCGGUUUAAUAAGAUGCCUCAAAUGGAAGCAAAUCCAAACCCUGGUGUAGGAGAAGUAGUGGCAUCCAAGGAUGUAACAAUAAACACAGAAAAUAAUGUAUGGGCUAGAAUAUUUUGUCCCACCAAAUUACCAGCAAAUGAUGGAUGUGUUGCUAGACUUCCCAUAUUGACCUAUUUUCAUCAUGGGGGAUGGAUUGAUUAUAACGUGGGUGAUAUUUUCAGUCAUGAAAGAUGUGGACAAGUUGCCGGGGAUCUUCCAUGUAUAGUAAUAUCCUUAUCAUAUCGGUUAGCACCAGAGCAUAGAUUACCAGCACCAUAUGAAGACGCGAUGGAUUUGCUCUUUUGGUUACGACAACAAUUGAUAGAUCCCAAUGGAGAAAAAUGGCUAAAGGAGUUUGGAGACUUCUCAAGAUUUUAUGUAGGGGGGAGGGGGAAUGGCGCGAACAUAGCAUAUAAUGCACGCGUUAUGGCCAUGGAUGUUGAUCUUAGUCCUUUAUCAAUCUCUGGAAUAGUCCUAAACCAACCUAUGUUUAGUGGAAAUCGAAGGACAAAAUCGGAGUUGAAAUAUGCAUGCGAUGAGUUAUGUCCAUUGCCAGUUUGGGAUUUGUUGUGGGAAUUAGCAUUGCCUAAGGGGGCAAAUAAAGAUCACAAGUAUUGUAAUCCUAUGAAGGAUCGUACCAUAAUUAGUAAGAUAAGCAAAUUAGGAAGGUGUUUGGUGAUUGGAUAUAGUAUGGAUCCUAUGAUUGAUAGACAACAAGAAUUUGUGACCAUGUUAAUUAGAGGUGGUGCAAAAGUUGAGGCUCAUUUUGAUGUUGGAUUUCAUGGAAUUGAUUUAAUUGAUACAAAGCGAGCUUCUUACAUUGUGUAUUUGCUUAAGAAUUUUGUCUCGUAGAAAUUGUAUUUCAUAAUUUAAUUAAUUGUUUUUCUAGGUUAAAUAGAGCUAAGGGACGAGGGUUUAAAAAUGUAUAUCGUUUAUUUCGUAUAGGCACCAAACCGAAGCUCGAUUCUUGGCUUCUUGCCUGGAGUUUCAUGUUAGUGUUUAUAUCACUCGUAGUUAACAAUUAUUUUCUAAGUUGUAAUAAUAUCCUUCA